UCAGUUUUCAGUUUCUUCCUUCGGCGAUUUCCCUUCACUCCCUCAGGCUUGAACACCGUCAUCUCCGUUCUCACAUUCUCCCUCGCGUCGGUUAUCUUAUCUCCUUCACCUCACCGCUAACUACUUUGCUCCCUCGCCGUCGAUCUUCCUCUGGCCGUCGAUCUCCGUCACGCCGUCUCUCUCAUUUCAGUCCAUCGAUCUCCCUCACGGCGUCUCUCUCCUCCAGUCCGUCGAUCUCCAGUGGUACUGAGUUCAAACUCCAAACCGUCUCAGGCUUAGCUAUUCUCGAUUUCUAGCGGCGUUUUGGGCGGGAGGCGGAUGGGAGCAGAGUGGGCACGAGAACGAGCAUAUGGAAAGGAUUACGUUAACAACCUCCAUUCGUGUGCCUCUCGUUGAUGACCAAUGGACGAGGAAGAUGAUAACAAAUUGAAGAAGUGUAGGAAGAAGAGACUGUCAGGCGCCGACAGGAGGAAGCGGCUCCUUCGUCUCAAAUGUUGUGUUCAAAACUACGAUUGGGGGGUUAUUGGGUGUAAUUCCCAAGUCGCGAGGCUGUUUUUGCUCAAUUCAGGUUGCUGCAGUCUCGAUCCGAGGGAAUGUUACGCCGAAUUUUGGAUUGGGACGCAUAAAUCGGGACCGUCUUUUGUUGUUUUUGGACGGGACAAUAAUGCCGGCGCUGCGUUUGGAUCCAAACCCCUGAGUCUCAAGGAUUGGAUCUCCGUCGAUCCGGGUGCUGUGCUUGGUGAUAAAGUUGCGAGGAAAUGGGGAGGCGAUCUUCCCUUUCUCUUCAAGGUGCUGUCGAUAGAGAAGGCUUUAUCUAUUCAGGCUCAUCCAGAUAAAGAUUUGGCGAGAUCCUUGAACCAAGCUCAACCAAGCAUCUAUAAAGAUGAUAAUCACAAGCCUGAAAUGGCUCUUGCAUUGACUGGAUUUGAGGCCCUCUGUGGGUUCAUCAGCUCUAAGGAGCUCAAGGUGGUGCUUAGUAGCGUUCCUGAGAUAGUAGAAUUAGUCCAAUGUGCAGAUGCAGAGAAGUUCUCACAUGAAAGUGAGCAAGAUGGGAAGGAGAAAGUAAAACAGCUUUUUGAGUCUAUAUUUAGUCAGAUCAUGUCAUCUAACAAGGGCAUAGUUCGCGAGGCUAUAUGUAAACUAAAAAGGCGUCUUAGUUUGGAGAAAAAGAAGAGACAAUUAUCUGCCAAAGAACAAUUGAUUCUCAGACUAGAAGGUCAAUAUCCUGCUGAUGUUGGUAUACUAGCAGCAUUCUUUCUCAACUAUGUGGAGUUAAAACCAGGCGAAGCAUUAUAUGUUGGUCCAAAUGAACCCCAUGCAUAUAUAUCUGGGGAAUGCAUCGAGUGUAUGGCAACCUCUGACAAUGUUGUUCGUGCCGGCCUUACCUCCAAAAAAAGAGACGUUCAAGCACUUCUUUCAAUGCUCAACUACAAACAGGGUUUUCCUGAAAUUUUGCAAGGAGUUUCCUUGAAUGAGUACACGAGAAAGUACGCCCCUCCCUUCGAUGAAUUCGAAGUUGAUCGCUGUAUUCUUCCACAAGCUGCAUCUGUGUCCUUCCCAUCUGUCCCAGGACCAUCUCUCUUUCUAGUGAUGUCUGGAAAAGGGACAAUUGUGACAGGCUAUUCUGAAGAAAUUACAUUUCAAGAGGGUGAAGUUCUGUUUGUUCCAGCAUAUAUGGAGGUCAGUAUAACAGCUGCAGCUAUAGAAUUACAUAUGUACAGAGCUGGGGUCAACAACAGAUUCUUUGGAGACUUGUGAUUUUCAGGUACAAAUGAAUAAAUGAAGAAUAUACAGGAAGAAAAGAGGCUAUAAGAAGAAAGAACUGUUCAAGUACACACAAAAUUGUUGCAUUUAUUGUCCUUUAUGAUCAGUUUAUUUUUAUUGAUUAAAUUGCAUCAAGGUUGUGCAUAUAUGUUUAAGAAUAUAUGAAAGGGUAUCACGCUGUAUUCAAGUUCAUGAUUGAAUUGAGCAAUAUAUUGUGCCGCAUUUAUUUUUGUCCCAUAUCAGCUAUCAGAAGUGGAUAUUCACACAGUUCUUUGUUUGGGAGCAUUAAAUUUUAGGCUCCCUUCCCCAUCCUCAUUUCAGGAGAUCAAGAGGGCACAAGGGGUUUUGAAGUGGGUACUUUGUUUUUAUUUUUAUUAUUUAUUUAUUAUUAUUAUUUCGUGGGAUAAGGCCAUUUGGUAAUUGUAUUUUGAUUUCUUAUGAGAAACAGAUGGGUUUUGCGGUGUUGUAUAAUUGUUGUAUCAUUAUUUCUUCUAAGCUUGCUCAAAUCUGUGUACAAGUUUUGAAAUAAAAAAGAAGCUACCGGCAUGUAAUGUUA